GUGUAGUGUUCCUCUGAGUGAAUAGUAAUUUAGCUCGGUGCGUGCGAGGAGGAAGAAAGGAGCUGUGUGGUAGUGAAGCGCACCAGGGGGAGAACAAGGCUGCGGGCGAGUGGUUGUUUUUAUUAUUAUUGUUCGCACACGGCCCGUUUCCACCUCCUUAUCCUGGCGAGACGUUGAACGGUUAAAAUGGAGGCGGACAGAUCCGGCGGAGGACCAAACCCGAACUCCGGCGGCAGCAGCGGAGCGGGGCGCAACCCAAACGGGCCCAAAUCAGCACCGGGCCAGGCGACAUCAGCCGCGGGGACCGGGGCGAUGGCAGCGGCGGCGGCGGCAGCAGCUGGAGCGAUGCCCGGGUCGUCGCAGCCCCGGGAGCUGCAGGACGGGGACUCGGGUAUGACGCUUCCUGGGAUCCUGCACUUCAUCCAGUACGAGUGGGGACGCUUCCAGGCCGAGAAAUACCGCUGGGAGGCGGAGAGAGACGAACUCAGGGCUCAGGUGGCGUUCCUACAGGGUGAGAGGAAAGGGCAGGAGAACAUGAAGCAGGACCUGGUGAGGCGGAUCAAAAUGUUAGAGUACGCCCUCAAACAAGAGAGGGCAAAGCACCAGAAGCUGAAGACAGGAAAUGACCAGAGUCCAGGAGACAAGAAACCAGAGACAGAGGCAGACCAGCUUCCCAAUGGGCCCGCUGAGUCAGACGCUGAGCCAGUCAAUCAGAUGUCCUGGAAGGAGGGACGUCAGCUAUUACGCAAAUACCUGGAGGAAGUAGGUUAUUCAGACACUAUCCUGGACAUGAGGUCUAAGCGUGUGCGCUCCCUGGUCGGGCGGAGCAGCCCAGAGGCGAAUGGACCCCCAGCCAGUGAAACCUGCCCUGAGCCUGAGCCCCGGGUAGGGUGGGAGUCGUUGUUGGCUAGACAGAUAGAGGAACAAAUCAGGAGGAAAGCGGACAAGGAAAGCUCUAAGGAACGUCCGGGUGGCUCGGUGCUGGAUAAGAUCCCCUUCCUGCAUGGCUGCGAAGAUGAUGACGAAGACGACAGCGACGAGGAAGAUGACUUCCAGGGCAUGGCCACUGACUGCAUCGAUGGACCGCGCAAAAACAAAAAGUCACGUGUAAAGAUGGGUACAGAGCCCAUGACCACAGACCUUGACCCAGAGGACGAGGAGGACGAAGACGACUCGGAAGAUGCCCUCGGAGAGUUCGACUUCCUGGGCUCGGGGGAGGAUGGGGAGGGGGCGGGAGAGGCCCGGAUCUCGGGGGACGGACGGGAGUUAGAGAACCGCAGGAACAAGUUACAAGGCAUGAUGUCGGACUUCCCCCCUAAACCUACCCCGCCCCCUUCUGUUUCGGGACAGGCUCGCCCUGGAGAAGGUGGCGCCCUGGGUUUCUCCUCUGAUGUCUUCAUCAUGGAUGCUGUUGGAGGAGGAGACAUGAACCUUGGUGAACUGGCUGAUCUCACUGUUGCCAAUGACAACGAUCUGUCCAUGGAUAUGCAGGACAACAGAGAGGAGUUUAAGAAGACAUGGAACCCCCGUUUCACACUACGCAGCCACUUUGACGCCAUCCGCGCUUUGACCUUUCACCCCAGCCAAGCGGUGCUGCUCACAGCCUCCGAGGACGGAACACUAAAACUAUGGAAUCUCAACAAGGCCAUGCACUCUAAAAAGAACGCAGCUUUAGAUGUUGAGCCCAUCUACACAUUCAGAGCGCACAGUGGAGCUGUUUUGUCACUGACCAUGGGUGAGGAUGGAGACUCCUGCUACAGCGGAGGUCUAGAUGGAACCGUCAGGUGUUGGAAAAUGCCAGACCUCAAUGUGGAUCCUUAUGAUAACUAUGAUCCUGGCAUCGAGAGCAGUGUACUAGCAGGUCAUGAAGACAGCGUAUGGGGUCUGACUCACUCAGCAGUUCACCAUCGUCUUGCCUCGUGCUCGGCCGAUGGCACCAUUCGCAUCUGGGACCCUCAGAACUCAGCUCCCUGCCUGUCUGUCUUCAAUAAGGAAAGAGAGCACGGAACACCCACCUCAGUGGCCUUUGUGGCUACUGACCCCAACCAGGUAGUGGUGUCAUUCGACGGUGGUGAGACGUUGCUCUACGACCUCAACACAGAGCAGAGCAUCACCGCACUAGAGACACAGACCAAGGAUGGCAGUGAACUGAUCAACCGGGUGGUCAGUCACCCAUCUGAGCCCGUCUCCAUCACUGCACAUGAGAACCGUACCAUCCGCUUCCUAGACAAUAAGUCAGGUAAAGUUGUCCACUCAAUGGUUGCUCACCUGGAUGCGGUCACCUGUCUCACUACAGAUCCUAAAGGCACUUACCUCAUCUCUGGCAGCCACGACUGCUCGGUGCGCCUGUGGAUGCUGGACAACAGGACGUGCGUGCAGGAGAUCACAGCCCACAGGAAGAAGCACGAUGAGGCCAUUCACGACGUGGCCUUCCACUCUUCCCAGCCGUUCAUCGCCAGUGCCGGCGCGGAUGCACUUGCCAAGAUCUUUGUCUGACAGUACUUCCGUCAUUGGCGGAGGCAUUUUUUAAAACAGAGUCCUACAACUACAACAGGGCCAAAACAGACUGAAGACUACAGUGGACGAAUUUCACCUGCUUGCACGCACGCAAGCACACACAGACACACACACACAC